AGUGACUCUCGCGAUACUUCAUCAGUGGGUCGCGUAGCAGUAUGGCAGCCGUCGCGCUGAGGUCCUGCCGCAGAGGACUUUCACAUAUUUUAAGUAAUGGAGGGCUCGCAGCUUUGUCUUCACAACGUCUGGAAGGAGUCCGGAGACACAAGUCUACAGUGCAGUAUGCUUCACGACCAGACCUUCCCAAGCUGGCCUACAGAAGAGUGAAGGGGAAGAGCCCAGGUGUGGUCUACCUCCCAGGAUAUGGCUCUAACAUGAAUGGACAGAAAGCUGAGGCACUGGAGGAGUUCUGUAGGUCACUAGGGCAUGCAUGCCUUAGGUUUGACUACACAGGACAUGGGGCCUCAGAUGGGGCGCUAUCAGAAGGAACUAUUGGUACCUGGAAAAAAGAUGUCCUUUUCGUGUUGGAUGAGUUAGUAGAGGGGCCACAGAUAAUGGUGGGUUCCAGUAUAGGCGGUUGGUUCAUGCUGCUUGCAGCCAUUGCCAGACCAGAGAAGACUGCAGCACUGGUGGGCAUCUCCACUGCUGCUGAUCACAUUGUCACACUGUUCAACUCUCUUCCUCUGGAGACACGCAAGGAGUUUGAGGAGAAGGGGGAGUGGACGCUGCCCACCAAACACUCAGAGGAGGGUCAUUACAAGUUUAGUAUGGACUUUCUGAAAGAGGCGGAAAAUCACUGUGUGCUCCAGAGUCCCAUCCCCAUCACCUGUCCCGUACGGCUCAUUCACGGGCUCAAAGAUGAGGACGUCCCCUGGCACAUCUCCAUGCAGGUUGCAGAACGCGUCCUCAGUCCUGAUGUGGAUGUCAUCCUUCGACGAAAUGGCCAGCAUCGCAUGUCUGACAGGGAUGACAUCAAGCUCAUGGUCUACACUAUUGAUGAUCUCAUAGACAAGCUGACCACUCUGGUCUGAGUUAGGAAUGGAUGAGUGAGCUUGAGAAGAUGCUGAGAUAAGGAGAGAAGGACUGUGUUUACCGGGAAGUCAACCUUCAAGAAAUUUACCAAACAAUGGCAUGUUUGUCUGCCAAAUAUGACCUUUCAUCCAUGUCUGUUUUUCUCCCCCAUACAUUAUGUCAUUUCAACAUGCUGUUGCAAACUAUUUUAAAAGGGAGCUUUCCUGCUAGCGGUUCCCUUGUAUAUUCAGGUUGCAUUUGUAUGUGUUCCAGGUUUGCAUAUGGAGUGUUAUGUUGGCCUUAUUUAGGCCCACAGUUGCUUCUGUGUCAGCUGUCGUUCUUAUUGUUUGACUAUUUUCCCCUCCCACUUUACUUAGACACAUAGUUUUCCUGUGCCUUUUUUAAUCACCCUUUUUGGCCAAUAAAACCUCUGCACACUAGA